GUGGGACGUUCCCAGCUCCACUUUCCCUCCUCGCGUCGUGCGUCGCCCUCGGUCACGCUGACGCCGCGGAUAACCACUUGAACGAUGAGCGAUCGAUACCGUGCGACCACUUUUUUGUUUCUCUCCUUCCGCGGGACUUAGUGAAGAAGACAGCGACUGAUCGACCCUCCACCUCCUCCUCCUCCACCACCUCCUCCUCCUCCACCACCGCCGGCUGCCUCACUCCGGGAAUGUCGCUAUGUGGAAGCCCGCUGCUACAGGCGCGGAGGAGUCCGACUUCACACGGUGAAGAAGAAGAAGAAGAAGUGCUUGUAGCGUUUUGCUCCUCGAGGAGAACACCAGCCUCAGCUCGGACUGAAUGAGAAUCUGAAAUCUUUCUUUCCUCCAUUAUUACUAUUCACAGACAGCAGACAGCGUGUGUAGCCGAGCCGCUAACCCGGACUUUGAUGCCCUGUCUCCGCGGCUGCUGCUGCUGCUGAGCCAACUUCGGCUUCUUUCUUUCCCUCGGUACCGUUUUUUUUCUGGUUUAAUUAAAAAGAAGAAAAGGAGAACUGUGGAGAGAAGAGAAGAAACUUUGUGACCCGCUGCCUCCUCCUUGUUGCUCUCUCCAUGAGUGGGCUAACAUGCGGAGGACACGGGAACCGAGUUGCUGGUGGAUUCUACCCUUCAUGUGUUUAACCUUGCCCGGACACAGCGCCUGUCAGCCCGCUGCGUCGGAUGACCAUCCUAACUAUGCCGCAGACGGGCACCAUGGGAGCACGGGCGUAAUGAGGGAGCGGAGGGCAGCCGGUGACCCCUACUGGUCCUACUCAGGAAACCAUGGACCUCGACGCUGGGAAGCCUCAUAUCCAGAAUGUGCUGCGGAAAACCAAUCGCCUGUGGACAUUGCAGAUGAACAAGCUCUGGUUUCAGAAGAGUACCAGGAGCUGGUGUUCGACAAAUUCAGCACUGACUCCUCCAACCAGACCACCAUGAAAAACACUGGAAAGACAGUUGCCGUUCUCCUGAAGGAUGACUACUUCGUCAGAGGCGCUGGACUGCCAGGCCGCUUUAAGGCUGAGAAGAUGGAGUUUCACUGGGGCCAGAGUAAUGGAUCAUCAGGCUCUGAGCACAGCCUCGGUGGCAGGAGGUUCCCUGUAGAGAUGCAGAUCUACCUUUACAAUUCAGAUGACUUUGACAGUCUCAGCGCUGCCAUCAAGGAAAGACGCAUCAUCGCUGCCAUGGCCGUCUUCUUCGAGCUGGGACAAAAGGACAAUCCAGCUGUGGACCCUAUCAUCCAGGGGCUGAAAGGAGUCGUGCAUCAUGAAAAGGAGACCAACCUCAGAUCUUUCGUCCUGAGGGAUCUGCUGCCAUCAUCAGUGGACAGCUAUUACCGAUACACCGGCUCUCUGACCAUGCCUCCCUGCAGCAAGGUAGUGGAGUGGAUCAUCUUCUCCAGGCCUGUGUAUCUGUCCCACUCACAGCUGGAGGCCUUUUACUCCAUCUUUACAACAGAGCAACAGGACCAUGUUAAGUCUGUGGAGUACCUAAGGAACAACUUCCGGCCUCUGCAGGAUCUGGACAACAGGAAAGUCUUUAAGUCAGCUCUGAAAGCUGCAUGGCAGAGGGAUUUGACUGAAAUCCUGAGGAGCCCUCACAGCACUGAGUCCUCAAGAGCGUGCAGCAGUGCCCCAGUGAGCAUGAAGAUCAAGCCGCUGAACCAGACGGCCCUGAUGGUGAGCUGGGAACGCCCCCUGACGGUCUACCACCCACCCAUCACCAGCUACACCGUCUCCUACAGCUGGGUGAAGCGCGAUGUUGCGGAUGAAAAUACCUUCACCAAGACCGGGGACCAGAGCAUGAAAGCAGUCAUCACUAAUGUGUCCCCAGACAUCCUGUACCUGUUCCGAGUGCAGGCGGUGUGUGAGCAUGACCUGCGCAGUGAUUUCAGCCAAACACUGCUCUUCAGAGCGAAUACAACAAGAAUAUUUGAAGGGUCUCGUAUUGUGAAGACUGGGAUGCCCACCAUUUCUCCAGCGUCCUCUGCAGACAUGGCUCCAAUAAGUUCUGGUUCAUCCACUUGGACGUCGUCUGGCAUUCACUUCUCCAUCGUCUCCAUGGCAACGGGGAUGGGCCCCUCCUCCAGUGGCAGCCAGGCCACGGUGGCAUCGGUGGUGACAAGCUCUUUGCUGGCAGGCCUUGGCGUUGGUGGAGGGGUCAUCUCCUCUCUGCCCAGUUCGGUCUGGCCCACGCACGCACCACGAGCCUCUCAGAACACCAACCGUCCCUCCGCCCUGCCGGCGAAGUCCAGCACCGACCAGGCGGCUUCGCAGGGAUCCGAGAUGGACACCCCGUCUGAGGAGAAGCAGGCUGCCGGGGAGGGUGAGGGGGAGGAGGAGGAGGGCGAGGGGGAGAGAGAGGGAGAGCAGGAGGAGGGAGAAGAUGAGAAGAAGAAAAAGAACAAGACUGCACCUGAGAAUGAGGAAAAGCAAGCGAACAGCACCGUGGCCAAAGAGCCUUUAAUCCCCACCCCUGCAUCCACAGCCAAAGAGAAAGGAGACGGGACGGCGACAGUCAAAGACAACACGACGCCUGCCAGCACCGGUGAGGAGCAGCUGGUUAACGUGGAGGAGAAUCCGACAGACGUAAACGCAGCCUCCACUCAGGAGCCUCGUAAUGACAGUGCUGAGAUGCAGAUUCCUCAGAGCUCCACACUGUCUCCAAAGAUCAGUAGUGACGGGAAGAAUCUCUGGCCCUUCUCGGUCCACACUGACAGGACCACAUUGUCCAACGUUACCAGAAGCCCUACUCCAGGGAUGGGCAGGAUGGUGUGGAUCGUCCCCCUAGUGGUGGUGUCUGCUCUCACUCUGCUCUGCCUCAUAAUGCUGCUCAUUGUGAUGGUCUACUGGAGGAGAUUCUUCCAGACAGCUCACUUCUAUGUGGAGGAGAGCAGCUCGCCACGGGUGGUGGCCAACGAAAGUAUCCCAAUCAUCCCUAUACCAGAUGACAUGGAUGCCAUCCCUGUGAAGCACUUUGUGAAACACAUCAUGGAGCUCUAUAAAAACAACCUGCAAGGUUUUGCUGAGGAGUUUGAGGAGGUUCAGCGCUCGACAGCAGACCUGAAAAUCACAUCGGAACAUUCCAAUCAUCCUGACAACAAGCACAAAAACAGAUACAUCAACAUUGUGGCCUACGACCACAGCAGGGUGAAAUUACGAGCGCUGGCGGGGAAAGAUGCCAAACAUUCAGAUUACAUCAACGCCAACUAUGUGGAUGGCUACAACCGUCCCAGAGCUUAUAUAGCUGCUCAGGGUCCUCUCAAGUCCACGUUUGAGGAUUUCUGGAGGAUGAUGUGGGAGCAGAACACCGGAAUCAUCGUCAUGAUCACAAACCUGGUGGAGAAAGGAAGAAGGAAAUGUGACCAGUACUGGCCGACAGAGAACAGCGAGCAGUAUGGGAACAUUGUGGUGACGCUGAAAAGCACCAAAGUGCACGCCUGCUACACACUGAGGCGUUUCCAUAUAAGGAACACGAAAGUUAAAAAGACACAGAAGGGGAAUCCGAAGGGGAAGCUGAACGAACGCACGGUGGUCCAGUUCCACUACACCCAGUGGCCGGACAUGGGCGUCCCGGAGUACACCCUCCCUGUGCUCACCUUCAUCAACCGCUCGUCAGCGGCUCACACUGCAGACAUGGGCCCAGUCCUGGUGCACUGCAGUGCAGGGGUCGGGCGCACAGGAACAUACAUUGUCAUUGACAGCAUGCUGCAACAGAUCAAGGACAAAAGCACAGUCAGUGUCCUGGAUUUUCUCAAACACAUCCGCACACAACGCAACUACCUAGUGCAGACGGAGGAGCAGUAUGUUUUCAUCCACGAUGCUCUGAUGGAGGGCAUCAUGUGCAAAGAGACGGAGGUGCCUGCCUGGCAGCUCCACGGUUACGUCAACAGCAUCCUCACGCCCAACUCAACAGGCAACACACGGCUGGAGAAGCAGUUCAGGCUACUGACUCAGUGCAACACACGCUUUGUGGAGUGCUUCAGUGCGUACAAAGACUGCAACAAGGAGAAGAACCGCAAUUCCUCAGUGGUUCCCUCGGAGCGAGCAAGGGUCGGACUCACCACUCUGCCUGGAAUGAAAGGAACGGAUUACAUAAAUGCGUCAUACAUAAUGGGUUACUACAGGAGUAAUGAGUUCAUUGUUACCCAGCAUCCUUUGCCCCACACCACGACAGACUUCUGGAGGAUGAUUUGGGACCAUAAUGCUCAAAUUAUUGUCAUGUUGCCUGACAACCAAGGCCUGGCGGAGGAUGAAUUUGUUUACUGGCCAAGUCGAGAAGAGGCCAUGAACUGCAUCGCCUUCACCGUCACCCUCAUCAGUAAGGACAGGCUGUGCCUCUCCAACGAGGAGCAGAUCAUCAUUCACGACUUCAUCUUAGAGGCCACACAGGACGACUACGUUCUAGAGGUGAGACAUUUCCAGUGCCCUAAAUGGCCGAACCCUGACGCCCCUCUCAGCAGCACCUUCGAGCUGAUUGGUGUCAUCAAGGAAGAGGCCAUGACUCGAGACGGCCCCACCAUCGUGCAUGAUGAGUGUGGAGCCGUGUCGGCAGGGAUGCUGUGUGCCCUCACCACGCUGUCCCAGCAGCUGGAGAACGAGGGCGUGGUGGAUGUCUAUCAGGUGGCGAAGAUGAUCAAUCUCAUGAGGCCGGGAGUCUUCACUGAUAUAGAGGAGUACCAGUACCUUUACAAAGCCAUGCUCAGCCUGAUAGGGAACAGAGAGUGUGGCCUGAGCCCCCUGCACAUGGACACUAACGGAGCGGUGGUGAUGGCGGACGAGUCGGACCCCGCGGAGAGCAUGGAGUCGCUCGUCUGAGGACAUUGUCAUGGGCACUUAAUUUGUAAAAAAUCUGCGAACUUUUCUGAGGCCUUUUUUGCCAGACUAUUGAUUAAAUGAAUAACCUUAUUACUUUUUAUACUGAUAAAGGUUUUUUGAUAUUUAUGUUUUUGUCCUUUAUUUCUUGUCUUAAAAUGUUAUCCUGCUGAGCGUUUGCACCUGUUUUUAAGUUGACGUGAGGAAAAAAGCAGCUCUGUCCGGUUUGCACUAAACUAUCAGUGUUACUGCCUAAAUCCAGCGACUUCAAAUUCUGGCUACACAACUAACCUGGGCUCCGCGGACCGCCGAGAGACGAACCUGAAGCGUAGAGACCGGGAGGAGUUGAAGGAUCCACGUCCGAUAAUGUCUCAAAGCGGAACACGGCAUCACGACGUGGCCCAGCAUGCAUUGUCACUUUGUCACCUCGAUCAAACUGUUUUGAGGCUCCACUCCACACGCGUGAAGAGACUCUGACCCGCCUGAUAUUCACAAAUUGUCCAAAUAUCUCACUGCUGUUUUGUGUAAUGUACUUAUGGCUUAUUUUGUUCCAGUGUGUUACAACAUGUAAUGUGAACAUUUACUGCUUUUUAGAGGGAUUUAUAUUGUUAUGUUUGUUUUGUAAUAUAUAUAUACAUAUAUAUUAUAUCCUUAAUAGCCAGCCAAUGUUUUUCUUUCACUAUUUGUCCACUGGUCUUUUGUGUAGAUUCCUAUUUUGUUUUGGAGAUUCUGUAGCUGAUCAUGAAUGACCUACACAUCUCCACCUAUUUUUUAUUUUCCAGUAUUUUUCAAGCUUCUCUAACCUUGACUGUCAAAGCUCAACAGUUUUAACACGUGGAAUAAGUUUCUGUGUAACACAAUGCAACGCCUGCAGAAAGUAUACACCCCCCACAGGUUUUCAUGUUUUCUUUUGUGACAUUAAAUCACAGUGGAUGUGACUGGGACUUUUUUUAAGAUGAUUUAACCGCAAAGAAUGGGGGCACAGUGGUUCUGAAUUAGAAUCGGACGGUGGGGGUCUUUCUCUGUGGAGUUUGGAUGUUCUACCUGCUAAUCCGUGUGGGUUUUCUCCAGAUACUCUGUCAUCCUUCCACAGUCUUAAAACAUGCAGAUUAGGUUGGAAUUAGAUUCACGGCCAAUGUCAGCUGGGAUUGGCUCCUGUGACCCUUAAAGGUCAAGGUGCUUAGAAGAUAGAUGGACCUCAGUUGAAAACACACCCAGUUUUUCCAACUUGCUCCUCCGACAUUACAGAAAGGAUUUUUCCUUUAUGUUUCACUCUCUACCUUCAGAAGCCUUUUGAUUUUGAGGAUGUCCCUCUUCACAUUUCGAGCUGUAAUGAACUCUCUUCGAUGGAUUUAGGGAACUUCUGUGCCUUGAAAAUCAUUUUAAUUAUUGAUGCUCUUUAGUAGCUUGUCUAAUAAUUAUAAUAAUUAUUUUGCCAGGAAAUGGAAUGAAUAGCUUCUGGACUUCAAAUCGUUUCCUUGAUCAAAAAUUAGUUUUCACUCUUGUUUUUGACUGGCCCUAAAUAGAAAAAAAAGAAAUCCUCAUUACAUCCACUGUGACUCGCAAAUGAACAAAACAUUAGAAAUUCCAAAUGUUCGGGACGACACUUUUUUGGGAAGGUAGUGUAGCUUUUGUUUUGGUGGCUUGAUGCUUUAUUUGUAACCAAAGACGUGGUUCCAGUUUGCAACAUGCAAGUGGGUUUGUCCUGAGAUUUAUUAAAUCGGUAGAAUUUAAAAUCCAAAUGUUUAAAUUUCACAGGUUUACAGAGUUGUCAGAGUUGUGAAUUUAAACCUGUUUCUGGUUCGAGCCUUUGGGGACUCACUUCAUCAGAGAACAUGAUGCUUUCCUCACUUCAGACUAAUAGUCAAAAUCCACAUUGAAAAAUUUGUUUUAUUUUGGCCUAAUAUUUGGUCUCAGCAAUGUUUUGUUGUUUUUAAUUCCAAGCCCGGUUUUAACCCUGCUAUACGAUUUAAAUAUUACAUUUUUUCCUGUUUCUUGCUGAGAACGAAGACUCUCCAACAUUUGGAGAAAAGUCCAGAUUCCCGAUCGCUCAGCUCAGUAACACAACUUCUUUUCAGCAACUCUUCUUUUCUCUUGUAUGAACGCCAGCGUCCUCUGUUCGAUAUUUGUACACGUUGAAAACACGUUGAGUGCUUUGUUGCUUUAAGAACAAAUGACUGACUUAUAUCUAACUUUUUUGAUCAUAGACAGACAUGUAUUUUCAUACAAAGAUUUGAUUUGAGUGGUGGCCCCUGUGACAGAUUGUACUUUAAUUAAAUAUCCAUUACAACGUA